AUGUCUGGACCACAGAUGUGUAUGUCUUGCUGGUUUCUUCUGGCCAUGUGCUUCAGCCAUCCUUUAAUCAUGGCUGCUGGUUUACAGCAAAACCUGAAGAAUGAGAUGUUCCGUUUCUAUCAUAUGUUGCUGCUUGCAGAGGGCAAGGAAACGACCAUCUCUCUCCCCAAAGAGAUGCCUCAAAGGUGCUAUUUUGUUCUAAAAGGAAGCAAAACCUCUUCAUUCUUCACAGUGAGAGUAACCCCAUGUGACAUCCCCAUUGAGUGGAGUAUACGAGUCCCUAAGACAUCUGCAGACCAUUUUGGAAAAACAAUUUCUGAUAAUUUGAAUGCUCAGGAAGUCCUCCGAUUCCAGAAGGGCCCCAAGUGGGUGCAGACUCUCUUUAAUUAUCGAGGUAAUUCAGUGGAAACCUACACAGGAUCAUCUCACCAUUCCGCAGUCUACAUGCUUGAAUUCCUCUCCAUUGAGAAAGACACCCAGAUUAAAGCAUAUUUGACCACAGACCCCAAAUCUGAUCACUUUUAUCCAGAACUUCCGAUGGAUCCCCGCAUUGAUGUCAUUGGGAUUGGCCCCACCACAGUAACUCUGGCUUGGAAGCACAGUCCGAGUGCCCUGCCACCCCAAGGAAACAUUCAUUAUUGUCUCCUGGUGAACGAAAACUACAAUUUCAAGACUUUCUGCGCAGCAGAAACAGCAACACAAGCUUUGGGGGUGAAACUAUCUCCUUCUUUGAUGAGCUUUCCUUCCACAGGUAGCCUUCCAUCUCCGGAACCAAAAGCCCCAUUCAAGAGUGAAGUCAGCAUGAGUUACAAAGAUGGCAAUGCACAGGUGAAACAAGUUUGUGUGGGACUCACAAACACCUACACAGUGUCCCACUUGACUCCUGGCAUUCAGUACUACUUUGAUGUUUUUGUCGUCAAUUUCCUCACCAAUACCAGUGCUGCUUAUACUGGAGCCUUCGCCUGGACUCUUGAAAAUCCUGAGCCCAACGUGAGCAAACUGAAGGAUGGGAAGGUGAUUCAGUUGAGACUGGAUGGGAGGAAGCAGCCCUUUUACAAUUUGCUGUACCAGGCAACGCAGAAGCAGGUCCAGUUUGCCUUCCAGUCUUGCAGUGGGCAACUCCAAGUGGAAAUAUCCAAGGACGGGGAAGUCCUGAUGUCAGAGAUAUUUGCUGGCUUGAGGCAUUUCAUCCUGAAAGGAAAGUUGGGAGACACCUACCUGGUCCAUCUCUGGUCCGCUGAGACUUCAGCUGCAUCCGCGAAGGUUCAGGUGUCCUCUCUCUUCCAUAGGCCUUUCUUCCCAGCUCUCCCAGAGAGUUUAAAAAUCAAAUCCUUUAAGAAACUGAGGAGCUGCCAUUCAGUCACCAUCGCCUGGCUUGGAACUCAGGAACUGAGCAAGUAUUGCAUCUACAAGAAGGAGAUUGAGGAGGACCAGACAUGGAUGGCCACCAGGAAAGUCGAUAGGUGCUCUGGGCCGGAGUCAAGGCAGAAAAGUGAAAAAGUGCUCUGCAAAUUCUUCCACGAUCUCAAUCUGCAACGAGCUGUGACUACGGAAACCAUCCGAGGCCUGGAAGCAGGGACGUCCUAUCUUUUUGAUGUGUAUCUCAUUGGGUCCUCGGGGGUUCCCAUCCGCUAUUACAGCAAAGUUGUGAAGACCAGGAAGAGAUGUUGAGCACCUUCCAACAUCGGAGGAGAGGUCAAACUGGAGAAACACUAGGCAAAAGUAACAUUGGUGGUUGCUGCCUUCAGAAUAAACCGGGACACAAAAUUGUGUUUGAAGUUGCAAGAUCGGAGAUGGACAUCUUAGCUUGGAAAACUAGAUUUGCCCCUAUAAUCUCUCUCCUUUGACCCAGAGGUUCCUCCCUAUGACAAAACACCUGCCCUUGAAAUUAAAUCAUUCUUUUUCAAAUCCAAACCUACAAAAUCAAAAACCUGAAGGAUGCCUAUUUAGUAAGGUCCACUUUUUUUGAAGUUUCAAGAUAAUCAAAUUCCCCUGCUGGAAUGGCCUGGGAAUAGCCCAGACCUUAAUCCAAUUGAAAAACAAUGGGGCCAAUUAAAGAAACUUGUUAGUCAGAAGCAACCCAGCAAUAAAACCCACUUAAUAGAAGCCAUCAUUCAAUCUUGGUUUCACAUUAUAACAGCUGCAGA